GGCCGCAUCACGUUUAAUUUAAAACCGGAACAAACAAAAGAAACCAAAGCAAAGUUUAGCAGCUGAUGUAGUGUUUUCGUCGAAGUGUUAUUAAGAAAUAAAACAUACAGUGUGGGUGUAAAACAGGAUACUUAAGGGACACUGAACAGCUGACAUUUGGCUCUUUUGUACCCUAGCUUGGAAAAAGAAAUGGACAUGAAGAUGAUAGCACAUUAGCCAAACAUCAAGAUUUUAUGUUUUUAUUUUAUUUAGUAAUCUCUUUAAUUUAGGAAACCUUUAAGUGUUUAUUUUUAAAUUGUUUUGAGUCAUGAUGAAGGACUCCCAUUCUGCUUUUUCAAGACGGAGGAGGAGGAGCAGCGGGGCGGCCGGGCUCCUGUAUCCGCUGCUCGGUGCGUGUCUCUGGGCUGCGGUGGUCGGGUACAAGCCGGUGAUCAUAGUGCACGGUUUGUUCGACAGCUCAGGGGAGUUUAUACAUUUACAGCGGUUCAUUAACGUGUCUCAUCCUGGAACAAAUGUGACAGUCAUCGACUUGUUUGACAGAAGUGCCAGCCUGCAGCCCAUGUGGAAACAGGUGGAAGGAUUCAAGGCUGCUAUUUACCCAAUAAUGCAAAACGCAGAAGACGGGGUGCACUUUAUCUGCUACUCUCAAGGUGGGCUGGUUUGCAGAGGAAUCCUCUCCACUCUCUCUGACCACAACGUCCAAUCUUUCAUCUCUCUGUCCUCACCUCAGGCUGGGCAAUAUGGAGACACAGACUACUUGAGAUACCUCUUCCCACAGUUUGUGAAGUCCAACCUCUUCCACCUCUGCUACACGUCAGUAGGUCAGAGGAUCUCCAUCUGCAACUACUGGAAUGACCCCCACCACAGAGACCUGUACGUGAACAGCAGUGAUUAUUUGGCUCUGCUCAACAGCGAAAGACCCAAUCCAAAUUCAACAGAGUGGAAGAAGAACUUCCUCAAAAUCAAAAAGCUGGUGUUGGUCGGAGGACCAGACGAUGGAGUCAUCACUCCCUGGCAGUCAAGUCAGUUCGGAUUUUAUGACGACAACGAGACUGUCGUUGAGAUGCAGCACCAAGAUAUGUAUUUAAGAGAUGUUUUCGGUCUGAAGACGCUGGCGGCUCGUGGAGAUCUGAUCAUCUGUUCUGUUCCCGGUGUCCAACAUGUGUAUUGGCACUCGAAUGAGACGGUGUUUCACACGUGCAUGGAGAAGUGGCUGGUGUAGAACAAAACCCAUUUACAGCACACACAGAUGCACACACACAGAGAUACACAUGCUGCAGUUUUAUAAGCUCUUAACUUCCACCAUGUAUAAAACUCUACAACUACUGUAAAGUAUACUCGCAAACAUUUGUGAGUGUACUCUUAAGGAUUUAAUCUAAUUUUUUGGAUUACACUUCUUAGAAAUCACUUGGUAAUCAAACAGUGUUGCCAGUGUCAGUUUUUCCUUGUACUUGCUGCUGGUGAGGUUUCUGUUUCUGUUGUACAAUUAGUUUUUUAUGCUCAUCCUAGUAACGACUAGGUUACUUUUAAAAGAAAUAGUUUAACAUUUUGGGAAAUAUGCUUGUUAGAUAGAUACCACUCUCACGUCUGGACGCUAAAUAUGAAACUAUAGCCAGCAGCCAAUGAGCUUGGCUUAGCAUAAAGACUGGAAGCAAAGGGAAACCACUAGCCUGUUUCUGUCCAAAGGAAACAACAUCCACCUACUAGCACCUCUAAAGCAGACUAAUUGACAUGUUAGAUGUUGUUUGUUUAAACCGUACAAAAGCUGAAGUGUAAAAGGAGGUUAUGUGCCGGACAAUUUCUUGGUUCGACGCAUUUACGUAGUCUGGUCUUCACCAUGAGGUUGCCAGGCAGGACGGUACUGCCCCCGGCAAAGAAAUAAAACACUGUUAAACUGCACAUACAUAUUAAACCAACAGGGUAUAGUGUGUGAAUUGUGCACUUUAGAGGUGCUGGUAGGCAGAUUUUUUUGCCACUGGACAAACCCAGGCUAGCAGUUUUCCCCUGUUUACAGUCUUUAUGCAAAGCUAAGCUAACCAGCUGUAGGCUCAUAUUUAUUGUACAGACAUAAGAGUGGUAUCAAUCUUCUUCUAGAGAACUUAAACUCAGCAAGAAAGUGAAUAAGCAUAUUUCCCAGAAUGUUAAACUAGUCAUUUAAUUAUUUGUUUUAAACCAUGUUGCUGCUGUCGAACAAGUCCAGCACAUCUUCAUCUUCUGAAGGUACUUUCUCAGAAAAUUAGCACAAGGCACAAACUGUCAGAAGCAACAAAUGAGAAGGCUCCCAUAAACUUGCUAAAGGUAACUAACUAGCUAUUAUGUUAUUACAGUCUUCAACGGUAAAGCAAAUCAGACAUUAAAGGAGCACUCUAGCACUUUAGUUUUGCAUUUCAGUAAAGUAUAGGGACUUGUAAUGGCAUUUUUCCAUUACAUGAUGCCUGCUCGACUCUACUCGGCUCGACUCGACACAGUGCCCCAUCCUCCAUUUUCCAUUGCAGAUUUAGCCUGAGGCGAGCGUGGCUGGUCGUCAUAGGGACGCAGCAGGAAACUGCCGUGACCUAACGCGACACACAUACAGAACGUCGAAGGUGUGUUGUUUUCGACUCCCGGCAUGUGGCUGUUACCACAGCCGGAAGAAAAUUUUUGUUUCAAAAGAAGCUGGAGGCAGCAAAAAAACCCACAGCUGGCUAAACUAUGAGCAAACGAGACGAGCAGGUACCAUUUAAUGGGAAAACGCCAUAAGAGAGAGACUAAAGAGAGAAGGGUCAAAAAUCUAUGUAGCAGAGGUUAAGAGACAUUUUACGGUUUUCACAGUCUUGACUAGUCCCUCACAACUGAAAUAACUUGUGUAGAAAAUUGGUGGAGUGCGCUUUUUUUAUUUGUAUGAAAGCGAGCCUGCAUACAUACAGUAUAUAUAUAUGUAUCCAUGUGUGUGUCUGUGUGUGUUUUUGGUCACACAUACCUCAAAACCCCACACAACACAACAGUGCCUGAGCGACGUUCUCUCAUCUUGUCUACAUGUAGAAACUCAAUGCCCUGCUCAUCUUAUGAUCCAGUAAUUUAUAUCUCUUUAUUUUUAACCCGAAGGGGCAUGUUUUCCUCUUUGUUCUUUUAGAGUCUGCAUCUGAUCGUGAAUAUCAUGAUUAUUGUCAUUAUCAUGCAGUGCUUUGGAGCUUUAGUAGAUUAAGCCUUAAAGUUUCCCCUCAUGCCUCAGUGUUUCAUGUCCCAUACGAAGUGCUACGACACACUGCCUCUUCUGUAGUGAUGGUGCUAAAAUAAUGAUAUGGAGGAGUGGAUGUAGAGUGGCCGGAGAAUGGCAGUGCUAUUUUAGUGUUUACUUGUCCACCUGACUAUUGUACGUGGCGCUCUUUACCUCUCAUCGCAUUUAGAUAUCUCAGGCCUUUGAGCUUUAUUAUUGUCUGUUUGUUGGAAAAGGGAUUGUUUGUAGGGAACUGUUUGCAUUUUAUUGGAUGUUUAUGUACUUAUAGAUGUUUCUUUAAAGAAGAUAAGCAAUGGAAAUGUCUUUUGUGUGAUAAACAAGAAGUGAAUUUUAAUGGGUAAAAACAUAUGCUUUGCACAAUGUUUAACCAGAUAAAGAAAAGGGAAAUGGUGAAGAUGGGAUGAUUUUAACCGUUUUAAAGUUGUUAGAUUUGCAGUAUUAUUUUAAUAUUGUUGCAUCCUUUUGUUUAAUGUAUGUUAGUUGUACAAGUUAACUACAUAAACUAUGGAUUUAAGGGAAUGUCCUCUCUUUGUUCAGUUUUCUUGCUUUAAAAACAGUAAAUGUGGUUAUGGACAUUUUUUUUAAACUUUCAGAAAUAACUAUUUUGACUACAAUCCUACAAUUUCUACUGUUUUUGGUCUGCAAGUGAAAAUGUGUCAAAUGUUGUCAAUUCCUCAAUAAAAGACAGUUUUGAACAUC